AUGGUGUCUUUCACCACAAAAUUACAUCAUGCUCAACUAGCGGGUGCUGUUGCUGUGGUCUUUGUGGACAAUCAAAAUACCGACGUGUUCACUUCUAUUCCGAGAGUGGAAGAAGGACCAAUCUCCUCUGGAGUGGUGCCAGGUGGAAAUCCUCUCGUGCAAGUCAAGAUCCCAGCAGUGAUGAUUUUGCAAAAAGAUAUCUCACUGCUUCAAGAAGGUGCCACUCACAUAAUUGCAUUUCCACCCGUCCAGCCUGGAACAAAUCUAGGCUACAGGGCAGGAAUUGUAGGCUGUCCUCGCCAAGAAAGCAAAUUCGGGAUUUCUAAAAAUGAGGCUGAUGCGUUGAUGAAAGAAUUCUUUAACGCAAGGAAGCACGAGCGCCUGCAAGAACAAUCUGUCAAUCAACAAUCACCUGUGCAAAAUCCACUGCAAGAUCCAGAAGCCUCAGAUAACAUAUUGGCCGAUUUGAACAGGAGAAUCAUGAGACGAGUGAUUGGCAAGAUCGAAGGUAUUGCUGGACAACAGAACUGGGAGUGGAUAAGAUAUCGAGCAUCAGCUGUGAUCGAACCUCUCAUAAAGCAGAACGACCCUGAAACAGCCAGGCAUUCAAUCAAUCCAAGAAGCGAUGCCUCUCAGGCGGGAGAACAAACCACCACGGGUCCUUCAGACAAGCAAGUAUCAUCCUAUCGGAGUCAAACCAACGGCGAAGCUCGAGAAUCCGAAGUCAGAUCCGAGCAUGCCGUACAGCAAGACACUGGCAACGGGUAUCAUGUCCUUGUACGCUAUGGUUUAACGUUCUCUGGACAAUUGCAAAAUGGACUCCCGCAUGGCUUUUGUGAGAUGAAGUUGCCAGAUGGUACAGAAAUUCAUGGAUUCUUUGUGGGGGGAGAGUUGACCGGACAAGGGAAGUAUUACUUUACAGACGGGCAAGUUUAUGAGGGCUCGUUUAUAUGCGGUUUGCCAACAGAAGGCUAUCUUUACAAUCACAUCGAAUCGAAAAAGUACCUCGUGCGUUAUCAAGACAAUAUGCCGUUAUGGGACGGCGCGAAACCAAGCACCAAAGAAGAGGUAUCCAAGGCGUUUCUGGAUGGGAAGGCUCAAUGUGUUGGCCUCUGCAUCGCCAAGGCGACUUCAACAAAUGUUGAUGCAAUAAUUCCUUGCAAGCUUGGUUUUGAUUCAUGGUCAUCAGGGCUUGUAUGGGCAAGGCCGCAGUUUGCAGACAUGCCUCUAUGGAAUGCAGACCAGGUAGCUGGAAAGAUUGUUGCGGUGAAGAGAGGUCCAAAACCUUUUGCUCCGCCUUGCAAUUACAGCAGAAAACUUCACUUCUGUCAAAAAGCGGGAGCGAUUGGCCUUAUUGUCUUGGAUUGGGAUCCUUCAAACAAGUUCACGAUGAUUCCUAAACUUGAAGCAGGAUUUCAGAAUGAUGACAGCUGCAUUCCUUUGCAGAUCGAGAUCCCCUGCUGUAUGGUGCUAAAUCAAGCUGAACCAUUGUUGCAAGAAGGAACCAUGAUCAAGAUUUCAUUCGCACCUGCAGAUUAUCAGUAUCAACCCAAAGGGUGGAGAGUUGGCUUUGUUCAUUGUCCGAAACAGGAAUCUGGCAGUGGAUUACCAACAAAACAGGCUGAAGAGUUGAUGAACGAAUUUCUAAUAGCCAGGAAAGAGGAAAGGUCUUCUGAGAUGAGGAUGAUUGAGAAGAAAACAAAGAAUCAGAACAAUUUCGAGCAAGAAUUAGGAGGAAAGGAGUGGAUGGACGGAAAUGUGUUCUCAAGCUUGAUUCCUGUCACAGAAGAUGAAAUGGAUGGUACUCAUUCAACGAGAUACGAAAUCACUAAGGAGAUCAUGUCAAAAAUCACCUCUCCACAAAAAGCUGCACAAAUAGCUUCCGACACUGAUGAAUAUCUAAAGCGAAUCGAGGCACAAUUCCGAGGCUCCUACUCAAAAUUGAAUUCAAAAAAUGUUCAUGAGGACACAGGAAACUCUCCAAAAGCGGACGAUGGAAUCUCGCCAAAUCACCAGCCGGAUGUUCAAAUCAUGGAUGGGAUAGGAGCUCAAGCGGAGAUGGGUCACGGACUUAGAUCGAUUGUUGAGAUAGAGCAGCCAUCUCCUCAAGAAAACUCUUGCAAGCGCGAUGUCGGUGUACAGUGUGAAGCACAACAGAACAAUUUCUGGGAUAGUAUCUUGUUUCAAAGCAUAUGGUAA